GUAAAAAGAGGUUUGCUUUUCUGUUUGCGACCGCUGUCGUCUAAGAACCGUGAAGACCAGGGGUGUGUACAAUAAAGAAAAUCUAGGAAUUUGCACUAGGGAUUAUUUGGUUUUGAAAAUACAUUUUUGGACAGAUACCAAGGGCAAAGUCUUGGCAAGGGAACGGCGUGAAUAGAAUAGACACGCCUGGACAGGAGAGUCCAGAACCGGGAUCAAGAGGCAAAGCAGUGUUCCCGCAAACAGAAGAAAUCCAGGAAACGAAGGUGGCGUGGAGGAUCCAAAGUGAAAAAGCAAUCCAGAGUCCAGCCAGUCCAGAAAGCAAACUGGGAGAAUCCAAGAGGCAUCUUCACACCAGUUCCAGAAUUGUCCACAGAUGCCUGAGAUGUAGAAGUGAAUGGAAAAACCAUCCCAUGAUGUCUUCCAGGUGGAGCUGUCAUUUGACAACGAGGGAAGAAGGGUCGGGAAGGUUGCCAGGCCACCAAGGGGAUCCUCUCUGUCCUGCUUAGGGAGAUCCGUUUUCCGAUGGCUCCUCCGGGGCUUCCCAAAGAUUCGUUCCAUUGCGUAGGAAUCAUCUUCUUCCUCCUUGGCCUGGGAACUCUUCUCCCCUGGAAUUUCUUCAUCACAGCCAUUCCGUAUUUUCAGUCACGGCUGGUGGCGGGGAACUGCUCGGCUGGCGAGGAGACGAGGAACGGGACGUCACCGGGAUUCGAACCCGCGUCUCGCUGCGGCGACGCCUUCAACUUCAGCAACUGGCUGGCCCUCCUGUCCCAGCUGCCGCUGCUGCUGUUCACCUUGCUCAACUCGCUCCUCUACCAGUGCAUUCCAGAGGCACUGCGAAUCCUGGGCAGCCUCGGUGGGAUCCUGCUUCUCUUUGUGCUGACGGCCGUCCUGGUCAGGGUGGAAAUGUCCCCCCACGCUUUUUUCUCCGUCACGAUGGCAAGCGUCUGGUUCAUCAACUCCUUCUGCGCUGUCCUCCAAGGUAGCAUUUUUGGCCAACUGGGAGCCUUCCCGCAGCGCUACAGCACUCUCUUCCUGAGCGGCCAAGGCAUGGCGGGGACCUUCGCCGCGCUCGCCAUGUUGCUCUCCAUGGCCAGUGGUGCGGAUGCUCAGAUCUCUGCUUUGAGCUACUUUGUCACUCCGUGUGUUGGGACCCUCAUCUCCAUCAUCUGCUACCUCUGGCUUCCCCACAGGGAUUUCGCCUGUCACUAUUUGAACCGAGGACCCACGGAAGAGCCGGGAUUCGAACUGGAGACCAAGGCUGGCCUUCUUUCCCCAGCACCUCCUCCUUUGACCUCCUUUGUGUUUCAGAUCUGGCAGCUGGCCUUGUGUAUCGUCGUGGUCUUCUCGGUCACUUUGUCCGUGUUCCCGGCCAUCACCGCCAGCGUGGCCAGCACGUCUGAGAACGAAACGUGGGGCAAGUUCUUCACUCCGGUUUGCUGCUUCCUCCUCUUCAACGUCAUGGACUGGCUGGGCCGCAGCGCUACCUCCUAUUUCCUCUGGCCAGAGAAGCUCUUGCGGCUGAUCCCCGUGGCGGUGGGCCUGCGCCUCCUCUUUAUCCCCCUGCUCCUCCUGUGCAACGUGCCCCAGCGCACCUACUUGCCCACCCUCUUCCGGCAGGACGCCUGGUUCAUCCUCUUCAUGGCCGUUUUCUCGCUUUCCAACGGCUACUUCGUCUCCCUGACCAUGUGCCUGGCACCGAAACAGGUGCAACGCCACGCGAGAAACAUGACCUUCUUCCUGGCGCUCGGCCUCUCCUGUGGCGCCGGGCUCUCCUUCGUCCUCAAGGCCUUGCUCUGAGGGAGGCCUCAUCCUGCCGCUCCAGCGCACAGCAUUCCCCGGAACGUCUGAACCGCUUUGAAAGUCAAGGGAGGCUGGGGUGUGUGUGUGUUCCUCACCCCCCUGCCCACGGAUGCUUUGUGACCCAUAUAUGGGGCAGCCGGGGAUGGCCUAGGAUGGGGUGGUGGUGGAGGAAGCCAGGUGCCAGCCUAAGGCAUUUUGCUGCCUGAGGCAAAAGACAAGGUCUUUCCUAUCUUCGAAACCCCAACGAGACCGGUGUCUAAAUGGUGCCCCAAUGCUGGAAAAUAUGGGACAGCGCAAUCUGCGUGGCACACAAUUCUCUCCACCAAUGCCUUGCCACCCCCUUCCCGCAUCUUCCACCCGAGGCGGCUGCCUCACUGUCCUCGAAGUCCCCGUCUGUAGCUUUCUCCCGGCAAUGGGGAAACGUUUGGGUGCGUGACUCUUAAUAGAUCCGAUUUCGGAUUCAUCCGGUCACUUUCUGCUCUCCCCAAUGAGCCUGAAUGUAUUUUCCUGGAUGACCCAUGGAUUUUUCAAGUCAGAAGGGUGGGAAAGGAUCCCCCCACCUCCUUUCUGUCUUGGGGGAAGGUGGAAAAAAAAGAGGAUUGUCUUUUUUCCUCCUCUUGGACUGCUACGCACAGAUUUGGCAAGACACGCCUGAUUGUAACUCUCAUCUCAGACUUCAAAUCAGCAAAAUAUUUGGCCGUACGACGCACAGGUUCUCCGCAGGACGUCCUACGGGAGGGGAUGUGGAGAAGCGGGAAUAUUAAAGCCGUUGGUAUUGCCUGAAGGGGCUUCGCGCUCUCCCACUCUGGACCUGCUUUUACUGGCGAAAAGAGGCCAGAUUUUCCACUGGCUUCCUUUCCCCUGAUCUUGUUUUGUUUCCUGAGCUGUUGUCUCGGACUUUCCUAAAACCACAGGGCUAGUAAUUCGCCUUCCUCAAACAUCCGUACCAAGGUCUUUUAAAAUCAGCAAUUUUUCUACUGCCCAAUAGAUGCGCCCUUGAUGAGAGCAAGGUUAAGCCCGUAUGCUUGGGGGCCUCCCGUGAGGCUUAAACGCGAGGAUUUUUGGAGACUGCUGUUGGCACCACUUCUGCAUCCCCGCUAGUAACGGUUGCGCCUUGAAUUUGGAAAGGAGACAAAAGGAAAAUAGGAGAUUUUUUUUCCUCCCACCAGCGCAGAAAAGGGUCUAGCAUGGGUGAGAGAUGAUGAUGGCGUAGAAUUC